AUCGUCAAGAGGAGCUGAUUGGCUGUUAUGUCACUUCACCCGGGAUAAUAUUUUGCUCAACGCGAGGAAGAUAAUAGGGGAGGGUUUUUUUAGGCAUGGAGUUAACGUUCUUGGUAUGGCAUGUGACAGGGCUCAUAUUUGUUGCUCUUGGAUGGGGACUUGGCAUGCUCAGGUUCGCAAAGCAGUUCAUCCGCAGCUGCCUAACCAGAGACCACGGAAACAGUUUCUCUACCAAGGCUCCGUUUAAAUGGUUCCGGCGCUACCCUGUGCGAACUUGUUCGUGGGGGGGGGUUUCGCUCAAUUCUGCUCAUAGCGACCCAGUCGCCUCUGAAAAUGAAUGAUUGUAUAAAUAACUCGUUGUAUCGUAUCCUCA